GGGUGCCCUCCCCCUGCCCUACGUGCACCCAGUCCCACCCUGCCUCCUUUCGGCACCCACCUGUUGUCGUUGUUGUUGCUAGCCUUCCUUGAUCUUCCCACACUCACGACACCCUCCUUCCUCCCCCACGCCGACUCCAACCAGCUCCCUCCUCCCGCUCGCCGCAGGGGAAAUUGGGCGAUAGCAAGAAAGCGCCAGCCACGACAGCGCACGGCGCGCAAGCACACCGGACGGCCCAGCGUCACGCGCCGACGACGAUGAGGGUCAGCCGUGGCCCCGUCGCGUGUGCCGCCCUCAUGCUCCUCUCCACCGCUGCAGCUCUGCGGUCGGAGCCGAUCAGGCUGAGCAGGAGCGGCGCGCCCAAGCUCCGCGCCUCGGCGGGCGCCGCGCACGCUAAUGCCACCUUCUGUAGCAAAGAGGAGGCAUUCGCCUGGGCCAAGAAGGACCACCGGAGGCUCCUCCACGUCGUCUACCGCGUCGGCGACAUCGACAGGACCAUCAAGUUCUACACCGAAUGCCUGGGCAUGAAGCUGCUGAGGAAGCGUGACAUACCCGAAGAGAAGUACACCAAUGCUUUCCUCGGAUACGGCCGCGAGGACGCCCAUUUCGUCGUUGAGCUCACAUACAACUACGGGGUUGACAAGUAUGAUAUUGGAGCGGGGUUCGGUCAUUUCGGCAUCGCAACCGAUGAUGUGGCCAAAACGGUUGAAAUCAUAAGAGCAAAGGGAGGCAAGGUGACAAGGGAGUAUGGCACUGUCAAGGGUGGCAAGACCGUGACCGCGUUCAUCGAAGACCCCGAUGGCUACAAGUUUGAGAUCCUUGACAGGCCAGGGACUCGAGAGCCACUAUGCCAGGUGAUGCUUCGUGUCGGCGACCUCGACCGAGCCAUAAGCUUCUAUGAGAAGGCUUAUGGUAUGGAACUGCUCCGAAAGCAAGAUAACCCUCGAAACAAGUAUACGGUGGCGUUGAUGGGGUAUGGGCCCGAAGACCGGAAUGCAGUUGUGGAGCUGACCUACAAGUACGGUGUCGCUAAAUAUGACAAGGGGAAUGCCUAUGGUCAGAUAGCGAUAGGCACCGACAAUGUCUACAAGACCGCCGAGGUGGUGAAGCUGUCCGGAGGGCAAGUGGUGCGGGAGCCGGGUCCCUUGCCAGGGAUCGGCACCAAGAUCACAUCUGUGCUUGACCCUGAUGGGUGGAAAACGGUAUUACCUUGCUCCCAUCAUGCUAGUUCAAUUAUUGCUCACCGAGCCGAGACUCAAAUAUGUCUAUGUGGCAUGCAGGUAUUUGUUGACAACAUUGACUUCGCCAAAGAAUUGGGUAGUCAUGCACACCAUUGACUUUGCUGAAGAACUGUAAACGUCGACUCUUCGAUUUUUACCAUCGACGUAAACAUGAGUGCACAUGCUUUGGGAGAAAUUUUAAUAUUUGAGUAACAACAAAUGGGGGAGAGAGCACCGAGAACCAACUCUGAUUCUAUGGAUGCCAUUUCCCUUGCAGAAGUUGAGUUUUGAUGGGUUUUGAGCAUGUUUGAAAUGCAAAUUCAAAACAUUGCAGUUUGUCCGGACCGUAAAAAUAUAUGAUAUGAUCCAUAAUCAAGAAAAAAUUAAUAUGGUCCUUCGUGAAUC